AUGCUGCUGAGUGUGCUGCUAUUGCUGACCUUCCGGCUGACCAUCACAGUAGAAACUCUUAAGUGCACGGGAAAUUCUGCCGUUUCUGUUCCACACGAAUGGUCCCAGGAAGGCAAAUACAUCUUUGGUGGGAUGGCAUCGCUCCUUCAUUUUGCGUUCCCCGACUAUAUGUACAACAUGCACCCUUCUGAGGAGUCAUUUACCCUCCCAUAUGUGGUGACAAAGGUCUACCAACACAUUUUGGCUCUGGAGUUUGCCAUAAAAGAGAUCAACCAGGAUCCCCAGAUCUUGCCCAACGUCACCCUUGGGUUCCACACCUAUGAUAGCUACUCGGAUUCAAAGAUGACCUACCGUACCAGUCUGGACAUGCUCUUCAAAGUACACAAGUUUGUGCCCAACUACAUCUGUGGGGCCCCCAAAAACCUCAUAGGAAUUAUUGGAGGACUGAGUUCUGAUACCUCCUCACGCAUGGCAGAAAUUGUUCAGCUCUUCAAAAUUCCACAGAUUUCAUAUGGCUUGUUUGAAUUAGAAGUUGCGGCUGAAUCACGUUCUCCUUCCUUCUAUCGCAUGGUCCCCAAUGAAGCUCUUCAGUACAAGGGCUUAGUCCAGCUCCUUCUGCAUUUCAGGUGGAAAUGGUUGCCACCUCUCUCCUUAUGCACUGACCCUUGUCCUCUGGGAUCCAGAAAGACAAAGAAGGAGGGGGAGAAAUUUUGCUGCUAUGAUUGUGCUCCAUGUCCAGAAAGGAUGAUAUCAAACCAAAUGGACAUGGAGAAUUGUGUUACUUGUCCAAAGGAUCAGUUUCCAAACCAAGCUAGAGACAAGUGCAUUCCAAAAACACUGAACUUCCUCUCCUUCGAAGAACCGCUGGGCAUCACUCUGGUUUCUCUGGCUCUUCUUUUUUGCCUGGUGACGGCUUUCGUGCUGGCAAUCUUUAUUAAGCAGCGGGACACUCCCAUCGUCAAAGCCAACAAUCGCAGCCUCACCUACCUCCUCCUCAUCUCCCUCUUUCUCUGCUUCCUCUGCUCUCUUCUCUUCAUCGGACAGCCCAACAAGGCCACCUGCCUCCUCCGACAAACGGCAUUUGGCAUCAUCUUCUCUGUUGCCGUUUCCUCUGUUCUGGCCAAAACCACCACAGUCAUCGUGGCAUUCCUUGCUUCUAAACCGGGAAACGUUUUCCACAAAUGGGUGGGGCAAAAGUUGGCCUAUGCUAUUGUCUGGGGUGGAUCCCUCCUUCAAGCAGGCAUUUGUGUGUUUUGGCUGGGUUCUUCUCCUCCCUUCCCAAAUCUGGACACACAAACCCUGCCUGGGGAAAUCAUAGUGGAAUGUCACGAAGGCUCCGCCACCAUGUUUUACUGUGUCUUGGGCUACCUGGGCUUCUUGGCCCUUCUCAGCUUCACUGUGGCCUUCCUAGCCAGGAAGUUGCCGGACAGUUUCAACGAAGCCACGUUCAUCACUUUCAGCAUGUUGGUGUUCUGCAGCGUUUGGCUGACCUUUGUGCCCACCUACCUGAGCACCAAGGGGAAGUACAUGGUGGCUGUAGAAAUCUUCUCUAUCCUGUCUUCCAGUGCUGGCUUACUGGGAUGCAUCUUCACCCCUAAAUGUUUCAUUAUUAUACUGAGGCCUGAGCUCAACACAAGGGAACAAUUAAUCCAUAGAAGAACAUAA